AUGAAUACAAACCGCAAGUCAAACAUGCCUGCUGCAGGCUCAACUUCCUCGCUGUCUGCCAUAGCAAAGGCAAUCACGAACUUCCUCUUUGGUGAAAUGCCGCUCCCCACCUCUUUGUCACACUACUCUGCCUUUUUCGCCGGCCUCCCGACAAGUGCAAUGGGUGCCUCCGCCCUCUACAAAUACCUGAACCGCAACAAGUGCGACCGCGCCAAGAUCCAGCUCGCAGUCUACCACAUCAUCCAUCUCUUCCAGCACCAUCCAAGCUAUCAAGCACUGCUGCAACACCCGCAAGAGCUUCUGAUGCGCAUGGAGCCAAAGGUGUUGUGUAUGUUGGACAAGCAUCUCACGAAGAAUGAGGCAAAUGAAGUGACUAAGGAACUUAAGCGGACGUAUGAAGCGCCUAAGGUUGAGGAAUAUACACGUAAACGUGUUCGCGAGAACGAGUGUAAUGUGAUGCUAGAGCAGAUGGGAUCAGACACCAUUGGUGCUCGGGCUCGGGCUCGGGCUCAGCGCGGUUUCUUUCCAGAACUUGACCUGGACUGGACCAAACGCACUCAGGAGCCCAAGCUCAUUCCAGUUCAACCAGAGACUAAGCCUUCUUCUCCUCUAGAGACACGAGGACCACGAAGCGACUUGUAUAUUCAGGAGAAUGCCCUUGACGACUGCAACCUGCUCAUCUCAGACCAGAAUCAGCUCCGAGUUGAAUGUGGGCAGUACGACGAGGACAUGAUGGACUUGGAUUACUCUAGCUAUCUUACACAUCCCAACACCACCAUGACGCCAUAUCCUCACGACCGUCGAUCUUCUGCUCCUUCGCCCGAGUCGAGCCCACCUUUUACUAGAUUUGAGUCUUCACCUACGCCAGCUAUAAAGGACGAUAGCUACGUACCCGACGACGAAUUUGAUGCAGCCGAUGGAUUAGAUGACCUAGAGACACCUGUUACUGAGACAUCGGAGGGGUCAGCUGAGGCAAUUAGCCAACAGCAUAUGAAGUCUUCUCAGCAGCCCCGUCGUGAGGGUUACGGCUUAAGCUACGAUGAUACAGACCUGUACUCUUCGUCGUCUUCCGAAGAGGAAAACGUAUCAGCACCUACACCCCCGCCUGACGAAUAUACGCCGCCCGACUGGGUCAAUCAGCUGCUUCUGAAGACUAACGAUCUUCCGUCAGGGGGAUACGCCAUCGAUACACCCCUCCACGAACCGCGACCCUUGUCAACACGCCCUCCAACUGUGAUCGCAAUGGUUCAGGGCGUGAACGGCCGCGGGACUUCACUUCUUCCGAUACCAGAAGGCGGCUCAGACUCGCCCCAUUCGAUGGACGACCGAAUUAUCCCACAGGAAUGUUUUGACGCUGUUUUGCCCGCUCAGGAAGAGAAUGUGCCUCGUUUUGUUCCAGAGAUACAAGUGCAGACGAGCACGACUCAAGCUGAAGACAUGCAACUCCCGUUCGCACACUGGUCCACCACUCCAGAAAUCACGUACUCAGACAGUGACAAUUCCGAGUCUAAGACUGGGUCUGAGUCGUCCGCUUCCUCUGUCGAGGCUCCUCUCUUCUCUGAACCUCGCAUAGCAGCUUCACCAGCACCGACCGACAAGCCAGCGCUGCCAGUCGCUCAGCAGACGACCAACAUCUCCUCGACAACAGCCAAUAAACCCACUCCCACCCAGGAGACUCAGCGGGCGGCGAAAGAAAGCGAAACCGAAACAAACCCAGAACCGGUCGCCCCUCAAGCUCACCGCUCAACAGUGCGUCCAGCACUGAGCCCUGGCACAACUACUCGCCAACAGCUACCUCUCGAAGACCAGCCCUCUCCACCCAAGAAGCGUAAAUUCCCCUCGACCUCGCAAGAGCGAGAGCAAGAGCACACCACCCAACCGUCCCCAAAGCGACGACGCACAUCACCACCACGCGACAUCACAACCCCGCCACCAUCACCGCCGCCUUCACCACCGACUUCAUCACAGAAGCGCAACGCAUCUCCUUCACAGAAACGAGCACCGAAUCUACGCCAUCGUCGUCGCUGCCACAGUCGCGACUACUCUCGCUCUGUACCAUCACCCUCACCGCCCUCACUACCAGCACCAGCAGCCGUCACCCGCACGACAUCACCACCGCCAGCGCCUCGUUCCGCCGCUAUUCGCACGCCGGGAACGGGGACGCGCAAGUUGAUGCGCAGCAAGGCGUUCGGGGGUGUGUAUACGGAGUAG